UCCUUCUCUUCAUUCCAAUUUGUUCAUUUCUUUUACCGUUUUUUAAGCCAACUUUCCCUAACCUGGCGAUCUCCAAUUUUGAUGGACAACAGCUCUAUGCUACAUAAUUUCAUGACUAUCAUAACAAGCUAGUAUAGUAAUAUUACGGUUUAGUUUAGUGGCUUGAUACAUGUCCCUGGAUAAGGUUUCCAGGUAUGAAUGUGAUUGCAAUUAUUGAAGUAAGCCCCAAUUUAGCCCAUGCCAAGGAAGGAUUGUUUAAAUCCAUUCCCAGAGUGGCUUGCUUCACAAGGAUUACUGAUGCAUUGACAGACAGGUUCACAUAUCAUGUUAAACCCCCCAACAACACCAUAACCCAGAGAAUGCCAGGUUAGAGAAAUCUGCCGAAAAUGCAGCAGAAUUUCUAUCAAAACAGUGAAUCUCGGCUUUCCUUUUGUCUUGUAUUGAUUUAGCUCUUCUGUGUUCCCAGGUUCAUGGGCUAUGCCUUUAGAUAGCAGGUAUGUUACUUUAACUGGAACCAUCACAAGAGGAAAGAAGAAAGGACAGAUGGUAGAUAUCCAUGUUACACUCACCGACAAAGAGCUGCAAGAACUGGCUCGGUCAAAGGAGCUUCCAAAAACAGAAAUGCCUGAAAGGAAGAAGGCUUGUGAAGUUGGGAUAGAUAAAGGACCCCACGUUCUUCUCUGGAGCCUUGCCUGCCUCCCUAUUAUCUUCAUUAUGUCCUUUAUUGUUUCUUUUUACUAUGGGACCAUUACUUGGUACAAUGUCUUCUUGGUGUACAAUGAAGAGAGGACCUUUUGGCACAAGAUCACCUUCUGCCCAUUUCUAAUUAUCUUCUAUCCUAUCUUCAUCAUGGUGGUUUCUUUCUCUCUGGGCGUUUAUACAGCAAUAACUCAAGUCUCCUGGGCCUUUGGAGAUUGGUGGCAUGCAGUGAGGGAUAUGGAGAAAGGAUUUUGUGGCUGGCUCUGUAGCAAGGUGGGCCUGGAAGAUUGCUCUCCGUAUAGCAUUGUUGAGUUGCUAGAUUCAGAUAAUGUCUCAGGGAGUCUGUCAGCCAAAGGUUCGACACAGGGUGAAGAGGUUUCGGCUGUCUGAGUCUUUGCAUUAGGAGAUUAUGAAUAUACAUAAACUGAUUGUUUGAAGUAUGGACAAAAACUCUGAUGCCAACUUGAGCGUUCAGAAAUAAGACCACACAUUGGUAAUUUCUGCAUAGUAUGUCAACAUGAAAUAUCUGUUUCCAUUUCUGUGGAAAAUGUUCUUUUUUGUAGAAAGCAGGCAUGACCUGUAGAAAGAUUUUAGCCCAGCUAAAAUGUCUUGCUAAUAUUGAACAUGAUGUGCUUUGAUACAGCCAUAGGCUGCAAGGAAGAGAUACAUGUUUGAUGCCUAGAAAAUCUCUUUGCACAUCUAAAAAUUAAGAGCAAUUUUUAGCAAGGCUGGGUUGAAGCCAUUUCUCUGGUCAGCUUGUUUCCUGGAUUUUUACGAGAUCACAUAUUUAAUUCUAGGCUCCUGCCUACAAUGAAACGAUUCCACCCAUUUUCUACUUGUCUGUAUGAACCAAGGGAUCAUGAAAUAUCAGUACGCUGGAGAAAAAUGUCCUAUUCCUUGUUAGGAUGAAUAUGGUUAAUUAGCUUAUGGGUUUAGCUAGUCGGAUCAAUUUCAGUUGGACAGUAUUAAGCAAGAUAAUAGAGCUGGGCUGCAGACAUUUGGCUAACCAUAGUAGUAAAAGGUUACAGAAAAGCAUAUUUCUUUGCUGCCAUCUAGUGUUUUUCUGAUUGUUUUGCAGCCCAGAAGUUAUUGUGAUUGCUUCUGUGGGAGAAGAGUAGUACAAAGAGAAAACAGAGUCCAAAGUUUGCUGAUUUUUCACAAAUCUUUCACUGUGGACAUUCUUGUCCAUCUUUCAAACAAUGGCUGACAAAUGCUGAUAGGUAAAAUACAUUGAACUGAGAGUGAUUCCUGUUAGGUGCAAGAAUCCACAGCUUGACUUAGAAAUUAGAACCACAAAUAUGAUUUUCAUGAAAGAAGCCAUGAGCCUAACAUAUACAAAGAUAUGUGGAAUCUGCUUCCCAUUUUAUCCAGCCUCUUCCAAUUUCAAUUGCCAACUGAAUUUUAAGGCAAUAUAUUGUUGGUUAUGGGGUAUCAGCAGUCACAUCUGAUUUAAUAUGUGAGCAGAAAGCCAAGGUGAAUUUAAAUUAAUUAAAGCAAUAAUUAAAUCAAGUAAAGUAUCUAGAGGAAAUCAAUGCAGUGUACUUGGAAUGACACAAUGUCCAAAACUGGAAUCUCUAACAUAUGACGUCUUCAAUGUAGACUUCAGGUGCUCAUCAAGUUUUCUGCUCAUAGGAAAUCAUUCUAAUGCUCGCCAAACAUUUUGCCCACAUGAUUUUCUUAAAAAAAUAAAUUACUUAAGAAGAAGCUGGCUAUGCAAUAAAGCAGUGUUGUCAAACUCAAGGCCCGGGGGUCAGAUCAAGCCCAUUUGGUGCUUAGAUCUGGCCCUUGGGGCUGCCCUGGAAACAGUGAAGGACUGGCCCGCAGUGCCUCUGCCAGUGAAAAUAGAGUUCAGGAAGGCUGGCAAAGGGUUGCAGGAGGCCAUCGCAGACGAAAAUGGAGCUCGGAAGCCCAUUUUCACUGGCAGAGCGCUCAGGCCACCACAGGCGCCCCCGACAGGAGUGACAAUGUUCUGGCCAUGCUGCCCCACCCCACCCCCCCGAGGGCAAACACAACCCUGAUGCAGCCCUCAAUGAAAUCGAGUUUGACACCCCUGCAAUAAGGUAUCAGCGUGCUACAUUGACUUUUUCUAAAUAUGAGGCCCAUAUGCUUACUUACUGAAAACAAUGGGCAACUUACUUCCACUGCUUACUGUGAAAGUUCCACCUAUCUACGCAAAACAAGCAAAUAAAACAAAAAUAUUAGGGAGCCACCUGAAAGGGCAGAGAUACAAAAAGUAGUAGGUGGGAUUUUGGUAAUUCCGUGUUUUGUAACUGAUUUUAUCCCCAAUGGCGUUUGUGUAUGGACAAGGCAUUUUGCCAGCCAACAUUUUGCGAGAGAGCCUACCUCUUCAAAACCUAUAUAUAUCUACCAGACUUUGCCACCUCAAAUUAGCAGUCAUGGGAUAAAUCAUGAGUACAUGCCUUGUUGACCUCCUCAAUUACUAUAAGCUGUAGAACUGAUGUCAGAAAUUACACAACCUAUCCAAUCGAGCUAUUUCUGUGGGGCAAAUACCAUAGAAUGUGGAGCUACCUAUGAUGCAGAAUUUACCUGUAUUACACAUUUUCUUCUAGUAUAUGCAUUAAUAGCCAUCUUACUUCAGAACAGAUCUGUUGUCUUCUGUGAAGUAAAGAAAACUGUGCCCAAUUGGUGGUGCUAUUGUAUUAGUCUAUUUUAUGUCUGUCUAAACCGUACAGUUUUUUUCUCAUAACAAAUCUUUGGUUGCCUACUAUUACGAAGUGUUUGCAAAUAUGACUGUCUAUUAAAAGCCAUGCUAUAAUUGAAAAAAACACAAUGUUCUUUCCUUCCUAUGCUCACACUUCGAGUGUAUACUGAUGUAACAUGGAAAAACUUUUUUUUAAAAACCUUUUUGCUACACUCUAUCCAGGCAAAUUAUUUUCUCAGGAACAAUUUUUAGCAAGUUGUCAAUACAGCAACAAGCUUUAUCUCUUCGUAGCACUGACUAGGUAACGCCUGUGAUAUUACCACUCCAUUCUUUCCACAAUUGAAAUAGUUUGGCAUUUUAAAAAAAUAAAUGCUUAAAAGACAAUGGUAAUGAAUAAACUUUUAAAAAUAAACGUGAUGUGCUAAUAAUUUUUUACAGCAAAAAAUAUCUUGCUGCAAACAUGGAUGGAGCCAUAUUGUUGUAUUAGAUCCAUUGAUAUUCAUUACCAUCAUUUACAUCAGAUUUCCCUAGUUAUAUCUUUCAAUUAAGUUGGCUGAACUAUUUUGCUAUGACAGCUAUUUUAAAUGUUAAUCUGUACUGUAUCACCCAUUUGUUAUUUUGCUGGAAUGUCCCAAGAGGCUUAAUAGCUGAAUAUUUAAUGAUGCAUUUCAUAAUUUUGCUUUGGGGAAGCAGGUCUCCUUGUUCUUGAACAAUGCCCCCAAAGUGUACCAUCCCCUCAUUUCACUUAUAUUAAACUGCUUUAGAUGGA